GGCGUCGCCUUCCUCCCCUUUUGCACAAAGGAAGGCUCGCCGCCCCGCCCCUGUCGCUGGUUUGUCACAGCAGCCAAGGCGACUUCUGAGAUCUCAAGCGAGAUUAAUAUAUAUAAAAGCGUGGCAGAGACUCCCGGGGAAGGGAUGCAACAAAGCCGCUCAGUUAACUUGAGGGAGGAACUCUACUACUCCGGCUGCGGCAGAGUCAGGGAAUGUAUUUGCUUAACACAAACAUGGCGGCCGCCGCCUGCCGAGUUGCAAACCGAGUCUUGUUCCCAUGCACCAAAAGCAACAGCUGCAUUCAGGUGAAAGUCCAGCUGCAAUGGAGAUGUCAGUCAACAGCAACAGCUGCAACUGUACAGUUCAAAAAAACAAAGCCUCAGAUCCAACCUGAAAAGAGGAAACCUAAAACGGGGAUCUUGAUGUUAAACAUGGGAGGGCCAGAGACCCUGGGAGAUGUCCAUGGUUUCCUGCUUAGACUUUUCCUGGACAGAGACCUAAUGACAAUUCCUAUCCAAAAUAAGCUGGCGCCUUUCAUUGCAAAGCGGCGCACCCCCAGAAUCCAGGAGCAAUACAGUCGUAUUGGUGGAGGGUCGCCUAUUAAGAAAUGGACUGCUCUGCAGGGGGAAGGCAUGGUGAAGCUGCUGGAUGAAAUGUCUCCUCACUCUGCUCCUCACAAGUAUUACAUCGGUUUCCGCUACGUCCACCCUCUGACGGAAGAAGCCAUUGCGGAGAUGGAGAAAGAUGGCAUUGAAAGGGCUGUUGCUUUCACGCAGUAUCCGCAGUACAGCUGUUCCACCACAGGGAGCAGUUUAAACACUAUUUAUCGCUACUAUAACGAAAAGGGGGAGAAGCCAGUGAUGAAGUGGAGCACAAUUGACAGGUGGCCUACACAUCCCCUUCUCAUUCAGUGCUUUACAGACCACAUACAGAAGGAGCUAGCCUUAUUUCCACCCGAUAAGAGGAAAGAUGUUGUUAUACUUUUCUCUGCUCACUCUCUACCAAUGCGUGUGGUUAAUCGUGGCGAUCCGUAUCCACAAGAGGUGGGUGCUACUGUUCAGAGAGUUAUGGAGAAACUCAACUAUUCCAACCCUUAUAGGCUUGUGUGGCAGUCCAAGGUUGGCCCGAUGUCUUGGCUUGGUCCUCAGACAAAUGAGACAAUCAAAGGGCUGUGUCAAAGGGGAAAGAAGAACAUUUUGCUGGUUCCCAUAGCGUUCACUAGUGACCACAUUGAAACACUUUAUGAACUGGACAUCGAAUAUGCGCAGGUCUUAGCCAACGAGUGUGGAGUCGAAAACAUCAGGAGAGCAGAAUCCCUUAAUGGAAAUCCAUUGUUUACCAAGGCCCUGGCAGACUUAGUUUUUUCACAUCUCCAGUCAAAUGAAAUCUGCUCCAAGCAAUUAACCCUUGAUUGUCCACUUUGUGUGAAUCCCACUUGCCGAAAGACAAAAUUGUUCUUCACCGGUCAAGAGCUGUGAUGCAGAGGGACAGCCUCAGCUCGUCUGACGGAGUUAACCCUGUGGAUCCUGCUCUGCAAAGCGUGCUCCUUUACACUGCUUUCUGUUGUCCCUCUCAGGGUCACUACACACGUGAUUAUUGCCUCCUGUGUAAAGUGGGUCCCGCAUGGGGUUUGCACUGGGCUGAAAAAGAGAUAGAUUUGAAACAUUUUUAAUUUUUUUUUCUACUGAAGGAUCUUGCUUUGGAAGGGAAGUAAGUUUUUAAGGGCUCCAUCCUGUGGGUUCCUGAGAACACACUUGUCUUAUAAAACUGAUAGGCAUUCAGGGGACUCUUAGUACUUCACAGUAUCAAGCCAGCACUAUAGGCACUGAAAUAUCAGCGAAAUGUCUCACACACAGUUUGUUCACCCUGAGCUGCUUAUACUGCAGUAGUUCAUAGACUGAUGAAUAGUUCAUAAGAUUCAGCUAUAAUGUUGAAAAACUGGCUGGUGGAUAUCAGCUUGUAGGAACUGCCCGCUGCCCAGGCUAGUUUUAUUACUUAAAAAAGGACUAUUCCAAAGAUUUGGUUUGCAACACAGAUGUCUUUGCAGUUGCCAAAGUACUAUUUUUUAUUUUUCCAAGUAGGAUAACUACUAAUUUUUGUGUGUUUAUCUUUGUUUUUUACACUAGCUAACAACACUGACCAGCACGCUGCUCUCAGUGGUUUGUUUCAAAUCAACUGACUCCUAAUUUUUUUAAAAAGCAUGUGCAUUUAAAAAAAAAAAUAGAGACUUGCGUUCUUUCUCAGUGGGGUCCCCUGCUCCCCUUAUGCAGGAUUAAUUCUAAACAAGCCCAGCAGUGUUCUGUUUCUUGGACAGCAGAAUUCUCCAGAUGGCAUUUACAUAGUUUUGUUUGUUUUUCUCUUGGGAGCUCUCCAGUCUUGCAGGAUUUCGGCGGCAGCAUUUCCACGUAUAACAAUAAGCCAGGGAUUGGGAACUUGUGGGCUUCCCAGAUGUUGCUGGACUCCAGGUCCCAUCGGCCCCACCCAGCAUGGCCAGUGCUCAGGGGUGAUGGGAGUUGUAGUACAACAACCUUGGGAGAGCCAUAGAUUCCCCAUCGCUGACAUCAGCCCAUAACCGUAGCAUAAGAAGUCAUACCGUGUUCUGUCCCUCUGGCUUCCCUUAUCCCUUGGCUGAGCCUGGUAAACAACCCAGCUUAGCUCAACACCCCAACCCAAGAUCAUGGCUUAUUUCUCCCUAACAAGCCAGGACUCAUUAAGCCAGCAACAAACCUUGGAUUGUUAAGGAGAAACCAACCAUGAUCUCAGGUUCUGACGCUGAGGUGAGCUGAUGCUGUCUGGAGUGAAAGUGAGAGCGAUUGGGCUAUGUACACAAGCAUGCUGCUUGCCCACCGUACAGUGUAUCAAGCUGAGUUUCGGAGCUUAUCAUUACGAGUCAAUGUGGCCAGUGUUUGUAUGAAGGGACAGCUUUUUGUACUUGGAAAACGUGUAAAGAAGGACUCGGUUUUCUUGUUUGGGGGUGAAGCUGUUGGAGAGAAUGUUGAUUGAUAAUGUGUAUCUGUGGUUCAACUUUCAGAGUAUAACUUUCUCUCCACGUCUUCUGGAUUAGGAUCAUGGUAGUUCUGCAUGUAAAAGGCUUGUACCUCAAGCGUGGCUGUCCUUUCUUUCUUCAGCCUGAGGACCAUAUUCACUUUUGGCCAAUCCUUCAGGAACUGCAUACCAGUAGCAUGUGUGCCCAAAAGUGGCUGUGGAUACCCACACUUUCACAUGCGCCCACACACACACAUCAGACACAUUUGGCACACAGCUUCCCACUCCCUCAGCUGAUCUGCGCAGAUCAGUUGAGAAGGGGGAUUAUCACCGAGCACUUUGUAUACUUCAAGUUGUUUUUUUGUAGUGCCACCACCAUUUGUGGGCUGUUGGAGGACCAGAAAAAAUUGUGUGUGUGUGUGUGUGUGUGUGUGUGUGUGUGUGUGUGUGUGGCUUAUCAGGCCUCCAAAAUGGAGGUUAAGCCACCCUUGAUUCUACAAGCUAAGGACUAGUUUCAGUUAGAGACCUUCUAAGAGCAAGUUGUCUGGGUGAUAUUUCCAUAUCAAUGUGUAUAAAUGGUGAUGGUUGUGUACCUUCACACAUAGGGUUGUAUCCAGCUGUGUCCCACUCAGAGUGGACCCACUGGAAUUAAUAGACCUAAGUUAGCCAUUAAUUUCAGUGGGUCUGCUCUCAGUAGGCCUAGUAUCGAAUGCAACCCAUUAAUGUGCAGGGCUGCCACCAGACUGCAGUGGGCCCUCAAAGGUGGUGGUGGUGGUGAUGAUGAUGGUGACAUGGUAGCAUUGCCACUGCUGCUGCCAGGGGAAUUAAAUAGGCCUGGCUGCAUUAGCAUGCUGCACAUGCACGCAUGCCUGAUAUCACUCAAGAUGGUGGCAGGACCAUGUUGAUUCCCCCACUGCCAUAUUGGGUGAUGGCAAGCAUGCGUGCACUGAUGCAACCAGGCCUGUUUAAGCCCUUGUUGGUUGCAGUAGUGUGACGGGAAGUGGUGUGGCCAGCUGGUGGUGGGGAGGAGUUGCAUGGGAGGGUGGCCCCCACUCUGACCUGUGCCAGCUUCAGGACGCAGGGAGCAUGCUCCAUGACCCAAUGCAGUGUGGAUCUUGGAGUGGGAGCUACACCUGCCCAGCGGCAAGAGCCCCUCUGAUCUGUUAAGACAUGUGUCGAUUGCGAACCUGAGUGUGUGAACCGGUACCACCCACGUGUCCCAUUAAAUACACCUCCUUGAGAGGAGGGGUCUGUGUCUUUUGCUGGAGAUAAAACAAGCGCUUUGCCGUGAAAUGUGCUUAAACAGUAUGUGUAUAACCCAAAAAAUGCAGAUCCAAACCAGACUAAAGCAUGGCUUUCUUUUAUUGAGAGAAAAAGGAACAGCAUUACAAAAUUACUGGGCGGGCGGCAGCAUUAAUCAUUAAUACACUAACCCAUUCUUAACUCUACACUAAAGAAAUCAAAGCUCGCUAUUGCUAUAAGGAAUGACGGGUAGCAGAGAUUACCUAUCCUAGGCCCAGGAAUGGGCAGUGGAAUACAGCUGAAGUGAUGUGAAAGAGCUCUGACCAAAAAGUAGGAAGGAAUCUCUUUGCCUCAAGGUUUGCACUGAGACACAGACUCCCUUCCUGAUCUGUGGCCUGUAGGCCUGCACUUCGUUACUUGAGAGCAGAGUUACACGUUUUGGAGGUCAGAUUGCCACCCCCUGUUUGGGUUUCAAACCUCACUCUUAAAUAAGGUGCUGGACUACGUCCUGGGAGACCAGGAUUCGAAUCCCCACUCAGCCAUGAAGUUCACUGGGUGACCUUGGGCCAGUCACUGCCUCUCAGCCUCAGAGGGAGGCAGUGGUAAACCACUUCUGAAUACCGCUUACCAUGAAAAGCCUAUUCAUAGGGUUGCCAUAAGUUGGGAUGGACUUGAAGGCAGUCCAUUUCCAUUUUCUUACAAAUCAAUGUGACAAAGGAGGGGUUUGAGUAUGAGGUGAUCUCAUGUUGCGUGUGUGUUUCUUGCUGACACUCAGAGAAACUAAGGCUACUUUCUAAUGCUUUCUUUAAACAAUGGGAUCGUUCUACUGAGCUUGAGGGAAGCCUGCCAAGGAAGAAGAUAACAUUUAGUUCAGUUUCUCGUUGUUCUUUUAGUUGUGCACAGAAUGGCCUUGCUUCAGUCCUCUUUCACAGUCCUUCAGGAAUGCACAACAAGUCAGAAAUCGGGGUGUGAGGUGGCAAUUGUAGUCCAGAAUACUCCAGGGCCUUGCCACUCCUUUGACUCCAAAGGAACCAAAGUGGGGGUUAGCCUGGGCACUCAUUACAGAGCUGAUGCCCAACCCGAACACCUGCUGGCACUAGGCCUGGUAAUCUGGAGUAUAUGUGCAAAUUUGACUUAAUGGGGAAUACUCCACUUUGUCCAGUUAAUAUGGAUAAUUGCUAUUCAUAUUGAAGAAUGUGAACUGAUCAGAGGUGUCUUUUUACAUUCUCCAUUUGAUAUGUGUAGUCUCUAUGUGAAUUCUGUAUUUUGGUGCAUAUUCCUUGAAGGCUAUACUGGAUAUUGUAUAUUUAAAAAAAGGCUCUUGAUCACCUGUGUAUAUUCUUCACACCUGUGUAUAUUCUUCACACCUGUGAUUGUGGGUGCAGCUAUUGGUGUUUAUAAACCUACUUCCAUUAACCACAACUUGUGCGCAUGCAUCUCAUUGGGAUGGAUGUUGGAUUUUUGCAAAUUGCCUGGCUGAUACCUAUGAACUGGAACUGUCAGUUCAGGCUCUAUUUAUGAGACCCUCUGAUUUUACAUCCAGUUUUUUGGGAUCGUUUAUAAGCAACAUGUCAGAUUUGGUGAAUGUUGCCAUUUAUUGGUAGAUCUUAAGAUUUGAGGAGGCCCACUGGCAAAUGUCAGAAAUGUGUGUCGUAAGGGCUUGUUCUUAACAUUUUACACCAGGGCAUAGUAAACUGCCUGUUCCAGCAAAUUAUGGAACUAAGAAUGCCACUUGGGCACUUCCUUAAUAGCAAACCUUUGAGAUUUCCGGGUGAAUGUCAACAUUCUCCGCAAUUCUUUGAGGAUCUCCUAAGAAUUGCCAGUAAAUGUAAAACAUUCACCAAAGUGUUUUGACAACAGGUGCAGUUUGUACACCAGUGCAGAAGCUACCUUGUUAAAAUGUAACCUAUUGUCAGAAUGGAGUGCUGUAGUUUCACCAUAACCCUGGUGCUUCUGUGUGAGGAGUCUCAUCUCUGUAACCAGCCUUCUAUUCUUCACAGAGGGCUUCCUUCUCUUCGAACAAAUCAGAAUAUGAGACCGUUCUUCAGAGCUGCGUUAUAGAUCUGCUUAUCGUUUUCCAGCUGUCAAGCCACUGUGGUUUUUGUGGGAUUUCUAUGGAUGCAAAUUGAUCUGGAUUUAAUUCAUGCUGUCAAUUAAACUCUAAAUGAUCUAUUAGAACGUUUUUCUUUUUCAACUGGCGGUGAACGCACAAGACUGUUGGCGGCAAGCUUGUUGUUGGCAAGCAGAGGAUUAUAAAUUUCCUGAACUCAAAUAAAUAAAAUGUUGGACUCUAUGUAUGGUGGUGGUG